AUGCCCCCAAAUCGAGAACUCAAGGCUCUCCUCGCCAGCAUGAAUACAUUCCCAACCUUGACCUCUGUAGAAGGAAACAAUAUUGCUGAAAGACUUAAAAAAAGACAGAGAAGAAAACCAAUAAGUCGGAUUGAGGCAAAGCGAAUUGAAUUAGAAAACCCCUUUAUAGCUCGGCGAACUACAAAACGCAAAAGGAAUGAAUUUAUAGAAAGUGAAUCGGCUUGGGAGCCUUGGGAGGAGGUAACUCCCACAAGACAAUUAAGAAGGUCAAGGACCGUUAUUAUGAGAAACGCCUACAUAAGACCCAGGGUUGAAACGUCUACAAGGGAAAAGAGAAGACGACUUCAAACCUCCGAAGAAAUGCAAGAGGACAAGAAAGAAUUGGAUGCCGUGGAAAGUCUUCUUGCCAUGGCAAAUGGAAGUAAAGCAUCUCAAAUGAUGAUGACAUCAAAACGAGUUAUGGGAGAGAUUAACAUGAGAUCUCCUAAACCUGUUUUGAGGGAGUUAUUUCCCCAAGUGAAAAGCGAACCCAAGAAGGUUUACUAUGUAUUGAAGAGAAAAGAAAUAAAAUCCUUGUUAACGUCAUGGAAUGCUCACCGUCGCGGGAUGUUCGUCUUAUUGGCGGAUCAUAUUGUCUCGGCAACCAAAAGAAGGGAAAAAAAUGGAGACAGUUUAGAUUUCAGGACAUUACUUGAACAAUGUUUGGAAAAUUACAUCUGUCAUGAUGAGAAAACUUUUCGUCAUUACUUGGAAGACUUUUAUUAUCAUGGCUUAUUCUUCGCAAUAAAAACCCCUUGUGGGGAGAUUAGAAUCACUAUCCCAACUCCUUUGCACGACCUCAAGUUGUUAUUGUCGGAUAAGAACCUUUUCGGUGAUCUUGAUUGA